AUGGCUAGUACACACCCCUUCCACGACAAAGUGAUCGCCGUCACAGGAUCCAGCCGCGGUACGGGUUUGGCAUUAGCACGGUAUCUGCUUGUCAGAGGCGCGCGCGUUUCAAUGUGUGCCACCUCAGCGGAGAACCUUGCCAGCGCACUCGCCGGAAUUGAGAGAGAUUUUCCGGAGUUCAAGGAUCAUGCAAUGACAACUGUCUGUGAUAUCAGAGAACCGGACCAGAUCAGUGCCUGGAUAGGGAAAACCGUUGAGAAAUGGGGCCCUCUGGAUGGAUGUGCCAAUGUCGCUGCAAAGGAGCAGCGCAGCAUUUAUCCCAUAACGGAUCUCGAUAUGAAUUAUUUCAAUGAGCUCCUUGCUGUCAACGUUACUGGAACCUUCAACUGUCUCAAAGAGGAACUCAAAAACGUUAAAGACGGUGGCAGCAUUGUCAAUGUGGGCAGCAUCACGAGCAACUACGCCAGCGCUGGCGUGGCCGGCUAUGUAGCCUGCAAGCAUGCGUUGGUCGGCUUGACCAAGGUCGCCGCGUUUGAAGCAGCAUCACGCAAGAUUCGUGUCAACGCCCUGUGCCCGGGGUGUAUUGACACAGAGAUGAUGGAGAAGCCGUUCGAUAGCCCAGCGGGUCAGUUCUACCUGACAAAGGAUAAUAUUCCAACCCUACUUCAGGGUCGCCUCGCGGAGCCAUCGGAAAUUGCUGCCUCUAUUGCGUUCUUGCUGGGUGAUGAGAGCCGAUACAUCACCAAAGCCGUCUGGUAUCAUGAUGGAGGGUGGCUCGAGGGGUCGUAUAGUAAAUAA